GUCAUAAAUUUGACACUUUGACAAUUGAUCCUCCUUAAAUUUUAUAAAUUUAUUAAUAAUUAAAUAAAUUAGUAGUUUAAUUGAGUAUUUUCGUAUAUAUUCUCGAACUUUGAUCAAGUUUACACGGUAUUUUAUUGUUAUAACUUUAAUGUUCGCCUAAAAUGUGCGUAUAAAAGUGUAAAAGUAAAAAAAACACUGGGUGACAGUGUGGGUGGUAAACAUUGAAUUUGUAAACAUGCAUUAAAAGUUCUUUAAUGUGGGUAUUUCUAAUUUUAUAUUCGAUAUGGCUCAUUUAAUUAACGCUGAUACCAUUUCUGAGUGUUCUGAGGCCUCUACGUUAGUUGACGGAUCAGUGAUUUCGACUGUACCAGAUAGACAUGGAUUUCUGGGGGGUUCACAAUAUUCUCCUGAGCCUAGACAAGGGCCUCCUCCUGUGAUAGUACUGAGAAGGGAGAGAAAAUGGCUUAAAAUGCUUAAUACAUGGAAUUUUUAUAUGGAAAGGAAUUAUAGGAAAAUUAAGGACAGAUGCCGUAAAGGGAUUCCAAUGUCCAUACGGCCAAGGGCAUGGUUAUACCUGUGCGGAGGCCGUACGAUGAUGAACAACAAUGAAGGCCGUUACCAAGAAUGUCUGACCGAACCUGGAGACCCUAAAUGCCUGGAAGACAUAAAAAAAGAUAUUCACAGACAGUUUCCCCAGCAUGAAAUGUUCAACUCACAGGACAAGCCAGGGCAACAAGAAUUAUUUAAUGUAUUGAAAGCCUAUACCGUUUAUAACCCUAAAAUUGGAUAUUGUCAGGCACAGGCCCCGGUAGCGGCAUUUUUCUUGAUGCACAUGCCCUCAGAACAGGCAUUUUGGUGUCUAAUAUCUAUAUCUGACAGAUAUUUAAAAGAUUAUUAUUCACCUGACAUGGAAGUGGUUCAAAGGGACGGUUUUAUUCUAGAAGGUCUGUUAAAAAAGGUAUGUCCCCAAGUAUACAGGCAUCUAAAAAAAGUCAAUGCCGAGCCUAUGUUUUAUUGUACCGAGUGGUUUUUGUGCGCUUUCACGAGGACUUUGCCUUGGGACACUCUGCUCAGAGUGUGGGACAUAUUUCUGUGCGAGGGGGUGAAGGUUCUGUUUAAAACCGCCCUGGUAUUAUUAAUAGGGUGCCUGGGUACGCCCAAAAGCAGGAAAAAUUGUCCGGGUUUAUGUGAAACUCUGGAUAGAUUAAGGAAUCCCCCGGAAGAUAUACUGAGUGAAGAAAACUUAAUUUACAGCAUUAACCGGUUGGACCUAACGGAGCGUGAUUUUAGAGAAGAGCACAAAAAGCAAACAAUUAAACUCAAAACGGAAAAAUUGUCCAAAGAAAACGGACUAGACAGGUCAUAAUAACUGUCAAAAAAGGCAUCAAAACGUCAUAAUUUUCAUUUUUAUCGUUUAUACGCCAACACAUUUUGAAUUAUUUAAGGUUAAUCCCCUCCAGAGUAUACAGGAAGUUCCUUAAUGACAUAUUAAUAUUUUUUAAGAUUUUUUUUAUUAAAUAUAACACCCGGUAUAUUAUAUUUUUAGUAACUGUAGGCAUGUACUUUCAUUUUUCAUAAUUUCUCUAUAAUUCUCGCUAAUAGAUUUUUUUUACAUAAAAAAAAUCGUGUAAAAUUGACAUAAAAAACGGUGUUGAAUAAGCAUUGGUUAUAUUAUUAAUUAUUCUGCAUUUAUUGAAAGUUAGAUAUCACGCAGGAAGAAUUUUUUUUAAAAAAUUUUACCACCCUGUGUAGUAUCUCAAAACAGUUAAGAUUUUUAAGGCUUAUAAUCUUAUGAAGUUUAUUUCUUAGAAAUAUUAGUAUGUCAUUAGAGAACACCCUGUAUAUAAUUAAACUUGUACAACACGGAGAACAUAUUUUUAUAUAAGCACGCAUACACCCAUAUAAUACGUUUUAUACUACAGGGUGUUUCAAAAGAAAAAACGUCGAGUCGAGAAAAGUUAACCGUUUUUUUAACGCCCCCUGUAUAUAUUCGGAAAAAUCAGUAUUUAAUUAUUUUUAGAGAGAUUAUUAAUGAGAUGAUUAUGUUAAAAAUAAAUAUUAGUGUUUAAAAUAUUUCAAAAAUUUAGGAAAGGUAUAGUUUAAGCAGAGUAAGAGGGAAUUCUUGGAAACUGUAUCGCCGUUAAUAUUUACGUUUAUUUUAUCGUUUCUAACUGUUUUUAUUUUUACUAAUAUCCGUUUCAUGAUUAUUAUUAUGAAAAACAUAUUGGUGUAGAUAGAAUUAAAUUUAAUUUUAAUUUAAUUUAAAAAUUAUUUAUUUUCCCGGGCAAAAUACAUCAAGACAUGUUCAUAUGCUUUUAUUCAGUUACAUAUACAGUAUGAUCGUAAAAAACGGCGUCAGAGUGGGCUUGGAAAUCAGCGCAAUCGCUGUAAUUUUGUAUCGUCGUUUCCACGCCAACUGGCCGUCGUUUUUUUUCGAUUAUACCGUAGUAUUUCGAUGUAUGAAUGUGCAAUGACGAAUUUUCCAAAGUUUAUACUAAAUAAAAAACAGAGUAUAUCUUUGAAAAAUUUAUUGAAAAUUUAAAUUAAACUUUAUGCAAUAAUUUUGUAAAAAUGUACAAAUAUAUCAUCCCUCUGUUAAUUUAACAAAAAAAUAUCACAAAAAAACCAAUUUUAUGUAUAUAAAGUAUUGGAAUUUUUUUAUUUACUAUAAUAUUAUUUUUGCACACACAGUCUAGUUCAUUGGACUAGACUACCUAGUCUUAAAACGUGCAAAUAUUUUUUUUUUGUAUAGGUUACUAUAAGAUAUUUAAUGUUAUAUUAUAUCACUAAAAAAUAUAUAAAUGUUUUAUAUAACUCCUAUAGGAACAACGUUAUACAGUAUGCCCACGAUUUUUUGAAGUUUUUCCUCCGGGGACACACUGUAUAUAUUUAGAAAAGAGUAAAGUUGACAUUACAAAAUAUUACAAUAAAAUGAGGCCAAAAUAUGUUAAUAUAUAAUAUAUUUAAAUUUUACCCGUUCUUGUAAUAAUCUGUAUAAUAAUGUUUAUGAUAAUAUAUUUUCUUUAAUAAUA